AGCACAUAAGGUUUAUCAGGUUUGUAUCAGUCAAGCAAUUUUUUUUUCACACUGCUAUAUUGUACGCGUAUCAAGUUGAAUUUGAAUUAUUUCAAAAACUAUUAUGCAUUUUAAAAGUGCUGUUAUUCUCUGCGCGGUGAUUUUCUUCUCAUCAGCACGGAGCACUGGACUAAACAGGGGUCAAAUAGUACGAUGUAUGAAACUGUACGCAAAACAAAUUACUCAGACCGCUAUUUUCGCGGCGAAUAUCACAAAUAUUAUGAAAAACCAAUUUGGAAUCGAAUAUCCUAAACAUGUUUUUGAAUACAAGCCAAAUGAGCCUGUUUAUGUAAAUUUAAAGAAUUUAUUCUUGGCGUUAGCGUAUGAAGACAAGAAAAUAUCCGACAGUUUCGAGGUUGUAAUGCUGACGCCUUUUGAAGUACACUAUUUCCUCAACGUGUUUAUUUCACACCCAAAACAUAAUAACCAAGAAGGAUACCUCACUGGUCACCAGCUAUUUUAUGUAUUUGAACAAUUACAGCUUACAGAAGAAGAUAAGACAAAUGCGGUACAUAAAAUGAACGAGUUAAGAGUCAGUUAUCGAAUUAAAGUGGAUGAGUUGUCCGCGAUCCUAUUGCAAAUUCAACCAGAAAUUAAAAUGCGCAAGCAUCUUAAGGAAAAGACUUUCAUCAAUGACAUCAUUAGUCGAUUGGACAAUUAUAAACAAGAUGGAUAUCUGACUUAUCAACAGCUUACAAGUGUGUUUGAACUAUUAGAUCUAGAAAUAAUACAGAAGAUACAGAUCGAAAAAUUAAGUGGCUACAUAUUUAACCAAGCGGAUUUUUUGUUCAUAAUGAUAGAAAUUCUACCGAAUGGCAGCGGUCUAACCCUAAAACAAGUACAAGAGUUUGAUAAACUAUAUAGACAACGUUUAAUCAAUCCUCGGGAAAUUAAAAAAAUCUUCAUUGGGCUUAACAUGGCCAACGAGUCGCAUCAGGAGUUAAUGCAAUUCAGAUACAACCGACCGGCCGACAAAGAGUUGAUGGAGUUGAUGAUCGUUACUGCACAACGUUCUAGGGCAGUCAACCCAAAAGAUGAGGCGGUGUUAAGUACACAAGAAGUCAGAUCGUUGGUAUCUACAUUCACAAAUCUCAACAAGGGCCAAAACGGUAUACUAUCCAAAGCCGAAGUGAAACCGUACGUGGAAGGAUUUCUCGUUGACGAUCCAGAAGUCUUAACGAAAUUUCAAAAUGAUGGCAAUUUCGCCAAUCUACCACCAUUACUUCGCCUUUUAGCUAAAGAUGUGAACGUUGCUGAAUUCUUAUUGUUCCACAUAUUUAAAAAAUCUAUAAAUUAAUAACUAAUAAUCAUAAAACUUAUAAUUGAAAUGUUUAAAUUUAUCAAUUAUUUAUUAUAUUCAAAGUAUUGCGCUU